CGGCUCUGUUCCAAGAAGGGACGAUACGAUUGGCUGCGGGGCUGCGGUCCGGUCGUGGCGCCGGCGGUGCCGCCGCACUCGGACGAGGAGCAAGGCGGUGACAGCGCCGGGGGCUUGGCGGGCCGCGCCGAAAUGGUUUUUUUAGUCCCAUGAUGAUGAUGGUGAUAUACCAUGCCUGAUCAGGACAAAAAGUUGAAGAGCACAGAAGAAGCAACAGACAGAAAGCCUGAUGGGAUCUCUUAUAGGGAUUAUUCUGAUCUUAAAAGACUUCGGUCUCUCUUAAAUGUUCAGUCGAGCAAACAACAGCUUCCAGCUAUUAAUUUUGAAAAUGGUCAAACCGGCAUGACAAAAUCACAGCAGCAUGUCAUUAAGAGUAAUGGGCAAAAAAACCAUAGUCAAUGGCAAGGAUCAACUGAAUCAGUUGAACUUGAAAACUUCAGUGUGAGCUACAAGAAUGAGAGAAAUUUUAGCAAACAUCCCAAACAUAAGCUUUUCCAAGAGAUCUUUACAACUUUAGUUAAGAACAGACUUACCUGCAGGGAAUGGGUUAAUCAAGCUCCAUCCAUCCAUUUUCUGAGAGUAUUAAUCUGCCUGAGAUUACUAAUAAGGGAUCCAUGCUAUCGGGAAAUGCUCCACAGCUUGGGUGGUAUUGAAAGUCUAGCCCAGUAUAUGGAAAUAGUAGCAAAUGUCUAUCUUGAUUAUGGAGAAGAGCAGCAUAAUAUGGACAAAUUGGUCAACAUGACAUAUAUUUUUCAAAAGCUUGCUGCUGUUAAAGAUCAAAGAAAAUGGGUUAUAGUGAGUGGCGCACAUAAAACUUUAGUAAAUUUGUUAGCUGCCAGAGACAGCAAUGUGCUUUUGGGCGCCCUCCUUGCUCUGACUAGCCUAGCAGAAAGCCCAGAAUGUAGGGAGAAGAUAAGUGAGCUCAUCAUUGUUGAGAACUUGCUGGUGAUAUUACAUGAAUACGAUUUACUUUCUAAAAGGCUCACAGCAGAGUUGUUACGACUCCUCUGUGCAGAGUCACAAGUCAAAGAGCAGGUAAAAAUGUAUGAAGGAGUUCCAGUCCUGCUCAGUUUGCUCCAUUCUGAUCAUAUCAAGCUUCUAUGGAGUAUAGUUUGGAUUCUGGUACAGGUUUGUGAAGAUCCUGAGACUAGUGUGGAAAUCCGAAUUUGGGGAGGAAUCACGCAGCUCCUUCAUAUAUUACAGGGCCAGAGAAAUCUUGUUUCUGAUCGCUCUUCAGUUGGAAGUUUAUCUAGUGCAAAUGCAGCAGGGAGAAUCCAACAUCUUCAUUUGUCAGAAGAUUUAAGUCCUAAUGAGAUACAAGAAAAUACUUUCUCCCUUAAGGCAGCUUGUUGUGCUGCAAUUACUGAACUGGUGCUCAAUGAUGCUAAUGCUUACCAAGUAGUACAGGCAAAUGGAAUAUAUACAAUAGCAAAGCUGAUUUUACCAAACAAAGAAAGUAGUGCUGAGAAAGCUAAUUUAUUACAGAGCUAUGCUUUCAGAGCCUUGAGAUUCCUCUUCAGUAUGGAAAGAAAUAGACAUCUCUUUAGAAGACUUUUCCCUACUGACUUGUUUGAAAUCUUCAUUGAUAUUGGACAUUAUGUUCGUGAUAUCAGUGCUUAUGAAGAGCUGGUAUCAAAGCUAAAUUUAUUAAAGGAUGAUGAAUUGAAGCAAAUUGCUGAAAGCAUUGAGAACAUCAAUCAGAAUAAAGCACCUACAAAACAUAUAGGCAAUUAUGCAAUUUUAGAAUACCUUGGCAGUGGAGCUUUUGGAAGUGUAUAUAAGGUUAGAAAACAUAGUGGACAAAAUCUUCUAGCAAUGAAAGAAGUCAAUUUACACAAUCCAGCAUUUGGAAAGGACAAAAAAGACAGAGACAGUAAUGUAAAGAACAUAAUCUCUGAACUAACCAUCAUUAAAGAGCAGCUUUAUCAUCCAAAUAUUGUACGUUAUCACAGAACCUUCUUGGAAAAUGACAGGUUAUAUAUAGUCAUGGAGCUUAUAGAGGGGGUUCCAUUGGGAGAACACUUUCAUUCUUUGAAGGAAAAGCAACAGCAGUUUACAGAAGAAAGAAUAUGGAAUAUAUUUAUCCAACUUUGCCUAGCUCUUCGUUAUUUGCAUAAAGAGAAAAGGAUUGUUCAUCGAGAUCUUACUCCAAACAACAUCAUGCUGGGAGAUAAAGACAAAGUUACAAUUACUGACUUUGGUCUCGCAAAGCAAAAACAAGAAAACAGUAAACUCGCAUCAGUUGUUGGAACCAUUCUGUAUUCCUGCCCUGAAGUUGUGAAGAGUGAGCCGUACGGAGAGAAGGCUGAUGUCUGGGCUGCAGGAUGCAUCCUUUAUGAGAUGGCAACUCUGAGCCCACCAUUUUACAGCACCAAUAUGCUCUCCUUGGCAACUAAGAUAGUAGGGGCUGUGUAUGAACCUGUGCCAGAAGGAGUGUUCUCUGAAAAAGUGUCAGUUACCAUUAAAAGGUGCUUAACUCCUGAUGCAGAGACACGUCCAGACAUAGUGGAGGUCAGCUCAAUGGUGUCUGAGGUGAUGAUGAAAUACUUGGAUAUUUUAUCCACCUCCCAUCUCAUGUUGGAGAAAAAACUGGUUCGGGAGAGGACACGCACCCAGAGGUACUUCAUGGAGGCUAAUCGAAAUGCAGUAACUUACCACCAUCAGCUUUCCAUUUUAUCACAAGAACAUUAUGAGAAGUUGAGUCUUCAUAGCAGCAGCAGUGGAACAGCCAGUUGCAAACGUGAAUUUUCAGAAAACACUGACCUCCCAGCUGGAAGUUGUCAAUCUGUGUAUGGAAAAGAUGAGGACAGAACAUAUGAAGAAGUCCUGACAGAAGACGACAACACUUUAGACAACUUUGAGAAAGAUAUGUUCUCUGAAUUAGAUGAUGAGCUGGACAUAUCAGACAACUCAAGCAACUCCAGUUCAAGUCCUUUGAAAGAGUCUGCUUUUGGCAUAAUUAAACCAAGUUUUAGUGCUUCUGAAAGACAGCCUCAGAUUAGAGAUUAUAUUGGAGGCCUGGGAUCAAGACUGCGACCAGCAUCAGCAGGAAUUGCUGUAUCACAAAGGAAGGUGCGUCAGAUCAGUGACCCUGUUCAGCAGAUUCUUAUUCAGCUCCACAAAAUUAUCUUCAUCACACAACUUCCUCCAGCUUUGCAAUGCAACUUGAAAAGGAGAAUCAUUGAGAGAUUCAAGAAGUCCCUCUUCAGUCAGCAGAGUAAUCCUUGUAACCUGAAAUCAGAAAUGAAAAAGCUGAUCCAAGGUUCUCCUGAACUGAUUGAGCCCAACUUCUUCACAGCAGAUUGCCCUGUGCUACUUCUCUCUUCAAGUAGAAAUAUAUUGGUUCCUGACGAUAGAAAAGGCAUUGUUGGCACUUUUGACACAGCAGAAGGGAUGACAUAUGAACAGUUGCAGACUCUAAUUGAAGAGGUUUUAGAAGAAACUGGUUAUUACAAUUUCUCUUCUAACAGCUUACAAGUUUCUUGGAACUGCCAGCUACAAGUAUUGAAAAAAUAUCGUUCAGCACUCUCAAGGUAUCUCUACUAUCAAGGGGAACAAAGAACUAUCCAACAAAAGAGGAAAACUUGUAAUUAUGAACAAAGUGUUCAGAACUGCUCCUGAUGAAGUCAAACUUCCUGUACUUCAGCAAAUGCUGUCUGAUUACCAAAGGGACAAACUUUGCUCAUCAAUAGCAUCCAGAAGGAAUUCCAGUGUGGGACAGCUUCAAGAGACCUCACGUGUGAUAUUUUCAAAAUGACACUGUUAGCCUAGAUUUGUUUACAGCAUAAGCACUUUAUGAGGAACAUUUGGAAAGAUGCUUCCAGGUUUGUACAUCAGGUGGAAAACACAACUCCCAGCAGUACACAUUUCUAUUUUUAUAAAGUUUUUUUUUAAGAUUUGCUUCAUAGUCAGGUUUUCUGGAAAUAUAUUUUUAAGCCUAUAGCCCUUUUUAUAUCCAUUUUUGUCUUUUAUGGGAAGAAAAAGAGCUUUGUAAUAUCACCAGAGAGCAAAUUUAUGUGGGUUCACCAUACCAGAAUUAGAAACAGAUUAAACAUCAUCAACAUGGUUUUAAUAUUUAGAAGUAGUUUCUCUACUGCUGAUAUGACAUGUUAAUAGUCAGAAUUUGCAACUGGCAUAGCUUCUGACAGGACUGUUAUUUUAAAAAUAGCUGUUUUAACUGCUGUUUCAGAAUGUCUGUGUAUUAUAUGUCUAUCUUUAGGCACACAUUGUAUAGAUGUGUGUAUAUAAAAUGUGUCAUGUACAUGUGUAUACAUUUUAUAUACACACUCAUUUACUGUUUAACAGAGAAUAAGUAAAUUAAAUACAUGCUUUGCUGCUAAUCAAAACUGUAGUACUUAAAAGCAUUUUGAGAAUUUCAAUAUUUAUUUGCUCUAUAUUAAAUGGAGAUAAAAAUGUCUCAGUGCAGUAGCAGAGAAGCUACUUUUUGUCUGCAGUUUAGUAAGGAAAACUUAUGAAGGCUUUUCUCUACAGUUGGUACUAUGGCAGUCAUAAUUGUUGAAAAUAACCAGACUGCAUUUGGUGACAUAGCCCUGCUAACUCUGUUGAAAAUUGUUAACAUUGUGGUCAUCAUAUGAUUACUCAUAAGUAAUUUGAUACAGAGGUAUGCUCUGCACUCUUCAUAGGUUGGGGGUGUGUUUUUGCAGUGGUUUGUUUGUAACAUAUGAAUAGCUAACUAGCAUUCAUUUCCUAACAACCCAAGAAUAUUAUUUCACCUAUAAUGUGUGACCUCAACAUUCUGAAUUGUGAAGCAGUGAAGAAUGGCCAAUUAAAAAAAAAACUAUCCUCUUUUCAGAUGUAUGUAGUGUAGAAAGAUCAUCAAGCAGUAUCUAUGCAUCUAUACAAUGGUACAGUCAUGAUAACAAAGGCCCAUUAAGGACUGCUUUAAAAAUCAGAUGAAAAGGUAAAGUUGGUCAUAGCAUAUUCUAUGGUGAAGACACAGAUUCAGGUGCCCUAAAGGAGGAAAACAGCAUGUGCAGUCCCUGUUGAAUGUUAACGUAUAAGAGCAAAAACAAUGUUUUUCCUCAGUCACAUAACUUCUCACUACUAAUCGCCACCACUAUAAUAUCCUUCAAUUAUCCCCUGCUUUCUUCUUUCCUCGUACCUGCUGCCAUGGUUAAUACUAAUCCUUACCAUAAAAGGGUUAGUAUUAACCAUGGCAGCAGGUACGAGGAAAGAAGAAAGCAGGGGAUAAUUGAAGUAGUAGUAAGGUUGCAGGCAUGGCACAUGGUGACCAUCACCGACAAGUUUUAAGUGGCUAUCUCCUUCAGAUACUAGGAGAUAAAACCAUAAUCUUACUGAAUGAACAUAGACUCGAACUUUAAAUUAUAUUUUUACGUGUAAUUUUAGCCAGUGACUCCCAGAUGGCAUCUGCUUUAAAGACACAAAUUUAAAGACUGUACCUGCUGCAACUGGACUAAAAUGAAAAUGAAUGCAGUUUUCCUGGGCAUCUUCAAAAAUACUUAUUUCAUACCUGGCAAACCUGAAGAUAGCCAUAGCAUCCUUCUAGACUUAAAAUAGCAGUGCCCAUAAUUACUGGAGAGUGGGAAACCAUGAGUGUAUAAUUUCACCUGUUUUUGUACAUAUAUUUUGAAAGCCAAAGCAAACCCUGUCAUAUUUUGACAUAAAAUGAAUGUCAUACUUGCUGCUUGACCAAGACAUGUGCUCCUAAAGAUACCACCAGCAGAUGGUUAUGGUUUCCAAACUAAUAUUAUGUACUGUAGAUGAGACAUUUCCUGCAGUGUAAUCACUAAAAGUCAACUCCUAUUCCAGCUAAAUGUCUUAGUUUGGUUUUCCUAGAAUGGAGAAAGGGAAUGCAGUAUGGUUAGAUCUGAUGUAUUGCAAAGUAAAUCCACACUACAUAUUGCUGCCAGUGGAACUGAUUGUAUUGAUUGUUUAUUCAGAAAGACUUCAUUUAAAUUAAAUCUUGAUAUGCUGAUGCUGUUCAAGUUGAAUAUGCAUUCUCAUAAUCAUUUUACAUUCAAAACAGUGUAAAAUGAUCUUCACUUAAAGAAACCCAUUUUAAUAUCUUUUGGUAGAAAUGUCAUAUGAUUUUAAAUUUACAGACUGUAAAUGAAUGCUUUAGAAAUGCUUUGGAUCUUAUUGCAAGUUUAUUUUGAAGUAGAUAGUUUGUUUAGUCUGAAUUUGUGUGAUAGUGUAAAGCGCUCAUUCAUAUUUGAUGGUGUUAUUUUUUGUUAAGAAACAUUAUAAUUAAUGAUUCUUAUUGUGUUUAUCUUAAUAUAUUCAUAAUGUUGUAAAUUUUGAAGCAAAUUUUGUACUGCUUUUUGUGACUCUGAAAGAUGGAAUACUGGCUGACUCUGGUGGCCAGCAGAGGAGAGCAGACUUCUCUCCAAUAAACAGAAGAUGGGAGGUG